AUGCUUGAUAUUUCAAAUGACAAAAAAGAUAGUAAGGUGGUAAUAACCACUCAUUAUCCUCUUGCUUUGAAGUCGAAUUAUGUUAAUAGGAACGUCAAGCUUAAAAAGUUAUCCCCUGAUGAAGCGCAGGCUAUGUUUCGAGACAUUGCUGGUGUCGAGCAUUUAACACCAAACAUUCAACUGAUAUGCAAGAGGUUCUGCGCUCGUCUUCCCCUGCUUAUAGAUCCUAUUGCAAGGUUUUUUAACCAUCAAGAGGCUCCUCCUGAUUGGCUACGUGAUCAAAGUGAACAAAAAUGCUUCCUUUAUGCUUCACUAUAUCCUGCAAACAGCAAGAUAUACACAGAUUUUUUAGUGGAGUGUUGCAUAGCUCAGGGCUUUCUUGGUGAUGCUGAUGCAACUACUAAGUACAGUGGGAUGCGCACUAGAGCUAUUGAUACAGUAUUGAGGUCCCUUGUUAAUGUUGCAUUCUUGGAGGAAGGGGAACAAAUGAGGACUAAAAUAAGCAAGUUACCAUCUUUGAAAGGAUUAACUGGGCUUAAGGCGUUCUAUGUCAAUGGUUGUUCAAGAUUGAAAAUAUGUUCGCAUGGUAUCCAACCACUUAAACAUCUUGAGGUAUUUGACAUUCGAGGUGCUAAAAUAAAUUUUGUGCCAUACUUGGAAAGUUUGUGGUGUCUAAGAAUUUCAUACUUUGCGAGCAGUAAUUGUGAUGGAAUUUCAAAGCUUCGCGAAUUAGAAGAAUUAACCAUUGAAGUGAAGUCCCUAUCAAAAUGGUGCGAUGAUGCUGAAAAUAUUAUAGAAGAAGUUGCUUCUUUGGAAAAUCUAACAACUUUCCGAUGCAGCUUUCCUUCUUCAGAAACCCUUGGAAAAUUCCUAAAGAGCCGAAAAUCAAGGAGAGGUAAGAAGCAGUUUACUCCAUGUCCAUUUUUCGUGAGAAGUGAAAGCUCACAGAAUCCAAAAAUCAUUGAGUCUUUUGAUGACGAUAGCAUUUCCAAAUGUGUAAAGUAUUGUAAUGGCGAUGAAAGGGUUGACUUGGCAAUCACUGAGAUGCUCUCUCAAGUUAAGGCAUUUGAGCUAAUCUGUCACAAGAGAGUAGCAAAUAUUGAUUUUCCUAAACUGGAGAAAUUAGUCGUUCAAAAUUGUUCAAGAAUUGAAGUUCUUUUCAAGGUCCCUGCUGAAGGGGAGCAACAGAUACUUCCGAAAUUGAAGGUGUUGGUAUUAGAUAGCUUGUUAAACUUCAAAUUCAUAUGCUCAAGUGAAAAUUUGGCAUGGCGUUCUUUGGAGAAGUUAAAUGUUCGAAAAUGCCCUAACUUGAAAACGUUACCUUUCAACACAAUCAAUGUAGCUAAUCUGAAAACCAUUGAAGGUGAGGAAGAAUGGUGGAACAAUAUCAAGCGGACUCAUCCCAUGGUUCAUGAGCAAUUUGCAUCUAUAUUUUCAGCUUCUAAUCUUUGUGCUUUUGAUACUCGUAAUGAUCAUUGUUGGUGUCAAAACUAA